AUAUGGCAUGUGGCAUAUGGCGUAUGGGGGCUACAUGACACUACGCUUGUUGCCUUGUUCCUCGUUUCGUUUCUCCAAAACCACUGCUCGUGUCCCAAUCUAUCAGCAACGAACCCAUCACAAACAAUUACAGACAGAUACUGCAGAUGCAUUAUUAUUGCAUAUAUAACUCAUCUGGCUUUUCAAUUCUCUCGUGAAUUCAUAAUUUUAAUAAGCAACCCUAACUAAUUCCUCUCCGUCGACGUGUGGUUAUGGCGGUUUCAGAGGAGGAAUCAUCGUCGGCGAGUCGGAACAACUCAAGAUCACCGUUGCCCCGCGGUGGCCCUCACUACCUCGCUAAAUGUGUUCUUAAAGGAAGCGUUGUCCUUCAAGUCGUCUACGGUCACAUCCGAUCCCCUUCCUCUAAAGACAUCGUUUUCGGCAAGGAAACAUCCUUAGAGUUGGUAGUAAUCGAUGAUUAUGGAGUCCUCCAGUCCAUAUGUGAGCAGCCUGUAUUUGGAACAAUUAAAGAUGUUGCUGUUCUUCCCUGGAAUAAGAGUUUUCAUAGAGCAAGUCCACAGGUACAAGGAAAAGACCUAUUGCUUGUUACUUCAGAUUCUGGAAAACUCUCAGUUCUCACAUUCUCAAAUGAAAUGCACAGGUUCUAUCCUUUGACACAAAUUCAACUAUCCAGCUCACCUGGAAACCUAAGGCAUCAUGUUGGAAGAAUGUUGACUGUUGAUUCCAAUGGCUGUUUCAUUGCUACAAGCGCAUAUGAGGACCGUUUGGCUUUGUUCUCAGUUUCUAGUUCAAGUGAUGCUGACAUCAUCGAUAAGAAAAUAUUUUUUCCUUCUGACACUGAAAUGAAUACAAGUACAAGCAUUGGAGUUCCUGGUAUACAUGGUACUAUAUGGAGCAUGUGCUUCAUCUCAAAAGAUUUGAGUCAAAGUCAACCGAGUAAAGAGCACAACCCUGUGUUAGCCAUUCUUUUAAACAGAAAGGGGUCACUACUGAAUGAGGUUUUGUUAUUAGAGUGGAAUACUAGGGACAAAUUUGUCCAUGUACUUUCUCAAUAUGCUGAGCUUGGACCACUGGCACAUGAUAUAGUUGAAGUUCCCCAUUCUUAUGGAUUUGCAUUUCUUUUUAGAGUUAGUGAUGUUCUUUUGAUGGAUUUUAGAGAUGCACACAACCCUUUAUGUGUAUACAGAACAAGCCUAAACUUUUUACCCUUGGUGAUAGAUGAGCAUAAUUUUGUAGACGAGUCAUAUAGAACAAAUGAUGUUGAUGAAGAAGGUAACAUCUGCAAUGUUGCUGCAUCUGCUCUUUUAGAGCUAAAAGACAUAAUUAAAGAAGAUGACCCCAUGAAUAUAGAUGAUGAUUCUGGCUAUUCAUCAAAGUCAACAUCCAAUAGAGUUAUCUCAUGGACCUGGGAACCAAAUGUAGAAAACCCAAGAAUGAUCUUUUGUGUGGAUACAGGCGAGCUUUUUGUAAUUGAACUCACUUCAGACUCAAAUGGUCAAAAAGUCAAAGUCAACCUCUCUGACUGUCUCUACAAAGGUUCACCUUUCAAAGAGCUUUUAUGGGUUGAAGGUGACUUUUUAACAGCACUUGCUGAAAUGGGAGAUGGAAUGGUUUUGAAAUUCGAAGAAGGAAAGCUCCACUACAAAAGCCUUGUUCAAAACAUUUCACCAAUCUUGGAUAUGUCACUAGUGGAUUACCAUGAUGAAAAACAUGAACAAAUGUUUGCUUGUUGUGGAAUCACACCCGAAGGAUCUUUAAGGGUAAUCCGGAAUGGAAUCAGUCUAGAAAAACUUUUAAAAACUGCCCCUGUUUAUCAAGGAAUCACAGGUACUUGGACAAUUAAAAUGAAAUCAACCGAUUCUUUCCAUUCUUUCCUUGUGUUAUCUUUCGUAGAAGAGACACGUGUACUUUCAGUUGGUGUUAGUUUCACAGAUGUAACCGAUUCAGUUGGAUUCCAACCAGAUGUUUGUACAUUAGCAUGUGGUGUUAUUGAUGAUGGAGUGUUGGUUCAAAUCCACCGUAAUGCAGUCCACCUAUCUUUACCUACAACCUCUGCUCACCCUGAUGGCAUCCCUUCCACAUCUCCAAAUUUUACAUCUUGGUCCCCUGAUAACAUGAACAUUAGUCUUGGAGCCAUCGGGGGUAAAUUUGUAAUUGUAGCAACUUCAAAUCCAUGUUAUCUAUUCGUUCUUGGAGUCAGACAUGUGACACUUCAUCAAUAUGAAGUGUAUCAAAUCCAAAAUGUCAGAUUGGAAUACGAAUUGUCUUGCAUUUCCAUUCCUCAAAAGCCAAUUGAAAUUGGAAUUGGAAUUGGAAUUGGGAAUGGGAAUGGGAAUACGUUUGUUAUAGGGACACAUAGGCCUUCUGUAGAGGUUCUAUCUUUUAAACCUGAUGAAGGUAUAAAAGCUGUUGCAAUUGGAUCAAUUUCAUUGGUGAACAGCAUUGGGACAACCAUAAGUGGCUCUGUACCACAAGAUGUGCGCAUUGUACAAGUUGAUAGAGUUUAUAUACUUUCAGGGCUUAGAAAUGGCAUGCUACUUAGGUUUGAGUGGCCUUCUGAAUCCACAAACUCACCUAUGCGUUCUUCAAUGAUGGCAAAAGACGAAUAUACCCCUGUUUCUCUUCAGUUGAUUUCAAUCCGACGUAUUGGAAUCACACCUGCUUUCUUAGUUCCAUUAAAUGAUCUCCCUGAUGCUGACAUCAUCGCCCUCAGUGACAGACCUUGGUUAUUACAAACUGCAAGACACAGCCUUUCAUACACUUCCAUCUCAUUCCAAGCUUCCACACAUGCAACUCCUGUAUGUUCAAGUGAAUGCCCUAAUGGGAUCUUAUUCGUCUCAGACAACAGUCUCCAUUUGUUGGAAAUGGUGCAUAGCAAGAGGCUGAAUGUGCAGAAGUUUCACCUUGGAGGGACACCACGGAAGGUUUUAUAUCAUUCUGAAAGCAAAUUGUUGUUGGUUUUGAGGACAGAUUUGAGUGAUGAUUCGUGUUCAUCUGAUAUCUGUUGUGUGGACCCGUUGAGUGGUUUGAUUUCAUCAUCUUUUAAACUUGAGCCUGGAGAAACAGGGAAGUGUAUGGAGUUGUUAAAAGCUGGAAGUGAACAGGUGUUGGUGGUGGGCACUAGUCUCUCCACUGGCCCUGCCAUAAUGCCAACUGGUGAAGCCGAAAGUACAAAAGGCAGAUUGAUAGUCCUGUGCCUUGAACACAAACAAAACUCAGACAGUGGAUCAAUGACAUUUUAUUCAAAAAGAAGUUCCCCUUUUUGCGACUAUGGAGGAGGUGAGCAACUUUCAAGCAGUAGUCUUUGCAGCAGCCCUGAUGAUAUUGAUAAUAAUAGUUGUGAUGGAAAUGGAAUCAAAUUAGAAGAAACCGAAGCAUGGAAUUUAAGAUUAGCUUAUGCAACAAAUAUGCGUGGCAUUGUUCUUGCUUUAUGCCCCUAUCUUGAUUGCUAUUUCUUAGCCUCUGCUGGUAGUUCUUUUUAUGUAUGCAGCUUUCAGAAUGAUAGCAGUUUAAGGGUGAAAAGAUUGGCUGGUGGAAAGACACGGUUUAUGAUCAUGACUUUGACCACUCAUUUUACUACCAUUGCUGUUGGUGAUUGUCGUGAUGGCAUUAUUUUCUAUGCUUAUUAUGAGGAUGCCAAGAAGGUGGAACAAUUAUACAGUGAUCCUGUUCAGAGAUUGGUUGCUGAUUGCCUUCUUAUGAAUAUUGAUACAGCUGUUGUUUCAGAUCGUAAGGGCAGUAUUGCUGUCUUGUCAUGUUCCCAUCAUUCUAGUGAAAAUGCAAGUCCUGAAUGUAACUUGAAGGUUUGUUCUUCCUUCUAUAUGGGUGAGGUCGCAAUGAGCAUCCGAAAGGGUUCAUUUUCAUACAAACUUUUGGCGGAUGAUGAAAUGAGGGGGGAUUGCAAUAUUGCAAGUUCAAUUAUGGAUUCAUCAUCACAUAGUAGUAUUGUCGCAAGCACUUUGUUAGGAAGCAUAAUUAUCUUUGUUCCUAUAUCAAGGGAGGAAUAUGAGCUUCUAGAAGAAGUACAAUCGAGAAUCGCAGUUCACGCUUUGACGGCUCCUAUCCUGGGUAACAAUCAUAACGAGUAUCGCAGCCGUCAAAGCCCGGCGGGUGUAGCAAAGAUUCUGGAUGGUGACAUGCUGUCACAGUUUUUAGAGCUUACAAAUACCCAACAAGAAGAUGUUCUAGCAGCAUUACCACCAUCCCAUACUCAUAAUAAUAUUUUCACAAAGCCGCUAUUUUCAACAAGUAUUAAUGUUAAUAAAGUUGUUCGACUUCUUGAACGCGUUCACAAUGCUCUAAACUGAUUUCAAGCUGAACAAUUGCCAAAGUAGAUAAAAUUUCGAUUUUUUUCUUUUGGGAUUUUUUUCUUUUUUAUUUAUUUAUCUCCCUGGUAUAUGAGGAGGAAUCUCGACUACUUUAUGCUUUACUUGGUUGGCUUUUGUUGUAUAGAAUGAGAGCUAGAAGAUCA